UCAACUUGAAUGAUUCAAAUAGUAGAUUUUCUCACUUGCAGCCAUUGUCCAUGAGUAUUUAAUAUGUUCAAAAGUGCUGGGAAUACCACCAAUGGAACCUUGUAAGGAGAAUUGGCUGUGAUGUCAUAGACCCUUGAAGGAAACUUCUAGAAGUGAGAUUUAGUCAUACCAGAGAUUAAAUAAGAAAGAUGCUUACUGAUUAAGGUGGGGUCCAACAAGAGUGUAGUACAGAAUGCAAUAAUACAUGAAUUACUUUUCUCUGAGGGAGCUCAACAGAACAACACUUAAUGAAGAAAGGCAAAGGCUUACCCAUCUGGUACAUUUGUGAAUUCUUAAUGAUUAACUACUUGAAGAUUAAUAAUUUGAAAUUCACCAGUCUUAGAAAUGGAAGAAAGUGAUGAACCUGAUCAGCCUAUCUCAUCAGGGAGGCAAGAAAUUCGAAAGAGAAGACGACCCAGCCAGCCAAUGGUAGACAAAGCCCAGCAGACUGAAGAGCCAGAGAAAAAGAAGCACUCGCCCAUGCCACAAUCAUCUGGCCCCAAAGCGACCCUUAGUAUUGGUAAUAUUCAUGGAAGCAAAGUCAACUAUGAGUCUCUCAGAGUAUCUUCUCAACUUCAGCAAACUUGGGUGAAGAGAAAGCUUGUACAGGAUAUGACUGACAAAUCUCUGCAGACAGACCCUAUUGCAGAAGAGAAAAAAGAAGAAAUCAAGUCAGUUGGUGAAACAGUGAUACCUGAUGAAAAGCCAGCUGCUGUUGGAGAGGCAGCCCCUGAAUUUCCAGAGAGUGUUCAUGAAGUGGAAAUUUCACCAAGCAGACCCGCAGUUCAACUCAAAAUUGACAGAUCUCAGCAGACCAGUUGUACUGGAGAUUGGAUAAUGAUGAACAUUCCUCAAAGAGAAAAAGUGGACAAGGAACAGCAGACAUACUUUAGUGAAUCAGAAAUAGUGGUUAUUUGCAGGCCAGGUAGUUCUUUUCCAAAUUCAAAGCAAGAUGAGCAGACACCUAAAUCCUCAGGGAAGGUUUUUGCUGGUGAACAUCCUGAAUUUCAACCCACAACGUGUAGCAGUGAAGAAGUUAGGCAGAAAAGUAUCAGCAGAUCUUCAUUUAGUCAACAAAACAUAAAAAGUACUCCAGUACUUUUAGAAGAUGAGCAAGACGUUCUAGUUGAAGUACAGCCUCCCACUGCAGAAGAGAUCUCUCCUGAAGUGCAACCUCCACCGGCAGAGGAGAUCACUGCAGAAGAGACCCCGGCUGACCUUCAGCCUCCACCAGCCGAGGAGGCCCCUACAGAACAGGCUCUUUCAGAAGAGCCUUAUGCUGAAGUUCAACCUCCAACAGCUGAAGAGGCUCCUGUUGAAAUACAGCCUUCCCCAGCUGAGGAGGCUCCUACACAGGAGGCCCCAGAACUUCAGCUUCCACCGGCUGUGGAGGCCCCUGCAGAAGAGGUCCUAGAGGAACUUCAGCCUCUACCAGCUGAGGAGGCUCCUGCAGAGGAGGCCACUGCUGAACUUCAGCCUCCCCUAGUUGAGGAGACCACUGCAGAAGAGGUCCCUGCCAAAGUUCAGCCUCCAGCUACUGAGGAGGCCCUUGCAGAAGAGCCCCUAGCUGAACUGCAGCCUCUACCAGUUGAGAAGUCCCCUGCAGAAGAGGCCCCAGCUGAAGAUCAGUCUCCACCAACUGAGGAGGCUCCUAUAGGAGAGGCCCCAGCUGAAGAUCAGUCUCCACCAACUGAGGAGCCUCCUAUGGAAGAGGCCCCAGCUGAAGAUCAGUCUCCACCAACUGAGGAGCCUCCUAUGGAAGAGGCCCCAGCUGAAGAUCAGUCUCCACCAGCUGAGGAGCCUCCUAUAGGAGAGGCCCCAGCUGAAGAUCAGUCUCCACCAACUGAGGAGCCUCCUAUAGGAGAGGCCCCAGCUGAAGAUCAGUCUCCACCAGCUGAGGAGCCUCCUAUAGGAGAGGCCCCAGCUGAAGAUCAGUCUCCACCAACUGAGGAGCCUCCUAUAGGAGAGGCCCCAGCUGAAGAUCAGUCUCCACCAGCUGAGGAGCCUCCUAUAGGAGAGGCCCCAGCUGAAGAUCAGUCUCCACCAGCUGAGGAGGCUCCUAUGGAAGAGGCCCCAGCUGAAGAUCAGUCUCCACCAGCUGAGGAGGCCCUUGCAGGAGAGGCCCCAGCUGAGAUCACUGCAGGAGAGACCCCAGCUGAACUUCUGUCUCCACCAGCUGAGGAAGUCCCUGCAGAAGAGGCCCCUGCUGAACUUCAGCCUCCACUAACUGAAGAAACUACUUCAGAAAUGGUCCCUGUGGACAAACAGCCUCCACCAGCUGAAGAGCCCAAUUCUAUCUCACAAAUCUCUAUAAAAGAUACCCCUGCUGAAGUUCAGCCUCCACCAUCUCAACAAACCCCUACAGCUGAGGCUCUGGUAGACAAUGUGUCUACUGAAUAUCAGUCUCCCGAGACAACAGAUGUCUCAGUGGUAAAAUUAGGAUCGGUGCUUUUGAAAGAUGAGCCAAAGUAUGAAGAGCCUUUACAGCUGGAUCCUGUUCCUGCAGAUUUGUCUACUAACGUGAAAGGACAGGUUUCUACUAUUGAAAUAGACGGUGUCAUCCAGAUACAAGUGAAAUAGGGGCUCCUCCUCCACCGUAGUCAGGAGGUCUGGAAGCGCAUACUUCAGAAAAGGGCGGGCAUUUGGAAGCAGCAUUGUGAACAGGCAAAUGAAAGGAGCCCCCAAGAAGUGGACUGCAGGUUGGAAAAUGAACAAUAAAAACUAGUGGUUUAAAAUA